AAGCCCAUUGUUCUUCUCUUCCGACCUUUGAAUCUUUGAUAGAGCUUGUGCCUGAUACUUUCAAGUGAUGCUGGGAAAUUGCGCAAGGGCUUUGAGUUGCAAUAAGCUAUGAAAUGAAUUUCAUUGAGAUCCCACCUGAUGGAAGUGGCAAAUAGUUUUUAAUUCAAUUAAGUAGUCCUGGAAGAUUUGGUUUCUUCAUGAAUGUCGUUCCACCGUUCCAGUUGAUUAUUUAUUUUGAUCCUUGCUUGGAGCAUUUACAACCGUGACACCUUUUGUAUAUACAAAUUUACAGACAUUUAUAUAAUUGAUCUGAUCUUGGAUUGAUUAAUGAAGCACAUUGUGAAGAUUUUGACAUUGGUAAUGGCCAUUACUGCAUUAUGGGUUGGCCUUCUACAAACUUCUAUGAUUCCACGCAGUCAUACUUGGUUGCUACCCAUAUAUUUUGUUGUGUCCUUAGGAUGUUAUGGUCUAUUAAUGGUUGGAGUGGGUCUGAUGAAUUUUCCAACCUGUCCCCAAGAAGCUCUAUUGUUGCAGAAGGACAUUGUUGAGGCUAAGGAAUUUCUGAAACAAAAAGGAGUUGAUGUUAGUCUCAGCUGAUGUUCUCAGAUCUUCCAUGAUGUUCUGAAUUAGCUGCUGACAAUUACCUGAAUGGUAGUUGCGAAGGAUUUUUGGCUUUAACUUACACUAAAUACUAAUGUGGGAACUGCUUUCAAUUUUGGCUAAUGUACAUGAAAUGAACUGUUUAUUUCGAUCAAUGGAUUAUAUGCAUAUUGGUUGCAAAUUUUUAAUCUACAAGAACACCAGAAACUGGUAUUAAAGUCA